UCGCUGGACAUCGAAAGUACUUUUAUUAGAAAAAAAUAGAUUACUACUAGUACGAGCAGAGGCCUAUUUGGCAGCAAAGCCCGUCGAUUUGAUGUGUAGUGACAUCUCUCAGCGCAACGCAUUGCUAUCAAGGCGAUAUUAUAGUUAUCAACAGCGGCUAUUGUCACCUGACUGUAUUAUCAUCUAAAAAUACAUCUAUAUAUCUAUAAUAUACGCAUAUAUGUAUAUACAUACAUUUAACACGUGAUGAAGGGCACCUCUACCAACGGCGAUUCGAAAAUAUUAUUUCAAAUAACGAAAAUGCAAAGAAGAAAAAGGAGAAAGAAGGAAAAGGAAGAGAAAUAUUUUUCUUUUUUUCCCUGUCGGUUGUACGCUUCGCGACGCGCAGAAAUCGCGUGUCCGUGUCGUCGCUUCGACUUGGAGACCGAAUAUUGAACAAACAAACGCUGUAUGUCCCGUAUUACAGAGAGAACGAACGUUCGCUAACGUUAAAAAGCAUUUUGCCGUUUCAGCGCGAAUAGCCGCUCUGUCAUUUCAAACGCGCGUUCACAUUCACAAUCGAAUAUCCCUCUGAACUUUGCCCUGAAUUUUUUUUUUCGCGACGCAUUUCGCACGCACGCGGCGAAUAGAGAUAAAUAUAAUGAAUGACAGAUAUCCCGAGUUCGCGGAGGACGCGGAGGAGCCGUCCGUUACGUCGUCGGAUCCGAACGAGCGGAAAUUAGCGCGCCGCGUCCGUAUUCAGCGGCGCCUAGAAGCGCUAACUAAAAAAACAGAUGCUGAAGAUGAAGAGGUUGUCGAGAAGACGCUCACCGAAAGACAAAUACUUGCUAGUUCUGAACUGUUGGAAAACUUGUCGGUGGAAGGGGACGAAGUGGUGACUUCCGUGAAGGUGGCGAACGAUGCUAGGGAGCUGCAGCGACGGAGGGAGGCGCAGGAAAUCAGGAGAACGUUGUUGAGGAAACUCGAGGAGGAUGACGAGGAAUGCAUGAGAAGGUACCGGGUGAUCAACGAGAAGUGGUCAAACAUACUCGCGUCCAAGGACCCGUUAGACAUACACGCGGAGAUGGAGGCCCAAAAUGCCAAGUGUCUGGAGAUCAUGGAGAGGAAAGACGCCGUCAUCGCGGAGCUGCGGCAAGAGUUGGAGAACGCCGAUCUUAAAUUCGUUACUGACCAGAAGAGUCAGAAUGAGGAUAUAGAUUUAUUGAUCAAUAGGAUGGACAAUCAAAUGAACAUUAUGACCAAAGCUUACCGUUGCGAGUUAUCGCUUAUUAAUGACGUAAUGGAGUCUGAGCGUAAAAUGCUGCUGGAAAAUCUCUCGGAAAAGUGGGAAGCGCUGUACAAAAAGCUACGGGAGGACAGUUUCGCGGGAUUGGACAGGCGGAAGGAAAUAAUGCGCGAGUACGAGGAAGAGAUGAAGAAAGUCGUGAUCGAGCAUCAGGAGGAGUUCCGGGCGCAGAAAAUCAGCUUCGAGCUUGAGAUUCAGAAGCUCCAGCAGGAGGUGCAGAGCACAAAAGCGCUGUGUUUCAUGAACGUCGAGAAACUGGACUACAGUUAUGCCGUGCUCAAGCGACGAGAAGACGAAAACACCAUAGUGAAAAAUCAGCAAAAGAGAAGAAUUAAUAAACUUCAAGAUAUAAUCAAUGGUUUGAAAAAAAAUUAUACCGAAUUGGAAGAGAACACGAGACUUGAGAUACAGAGGCUCACCGAUCAGGUCAUAAAAGCGCACAAGAAUAUUUUGGAUUUAGUAGAAAAGUCGAACCACUUCACGAGAAUUAACGACAAGAAGUACAUGCAAAUUUGGGAUAUGAAUGCGAAAAAUGCGAAUGAGUUGCUCGAUAAGAUUUUAAAUGCUGACAAAGUCAUAUACGAACAAGCAUUGGGCAUGGAGUGGAGUCCACCUGAACAAACCUUGCUAGAAAAGAAAGAUCUGCCGUCUUAUAGUAGUGUGAUGUGUACUAUAGAAGAAGAGAACAGAUUGAUCAACGAGAAGAAGACAAUAUGUGAAUCUUACAAACCGGCUAGCACCAUCGAGGAAAUCAAUUUAGAAAGACGAUUGCUGAAUCGUAUUAUUAAGAACAUUGCCGAUCGUUGUGAUUAUCUGAUCGAAGAUAGAUUGCUCGAGCUGCUCUUACCCUACACCGCGAAUGAUCAGUUGAUCAUACGAUUGGAUAAUGUGUUCCAGGCGUUAAACAUUAAAUCCGAGAAGGAGCUUGGCUUUCUCUUGAAUUUCUUUCUGCCAUAUGCAUAUUGUCCUGUGUGUAGUAAGGACAUGAGCAAGGACAUAAGCAGCUCCACCGAUGACGAAUUUACUAAAUCUCCUUCGCUGAAAACGGACGUUGAAGAAGUCUGUGGAGAUGUCUGUGGAGUUGCUGAGGAGUUCACGGAAGACGAAACUAAAUUAAUUGCCGCCGUUAAAGAAGCAAUCUGUGACGAAAAAUCAUCUACUCCUAGUGAUGAUACGAGCAUCACGGGCGCUUCGUCUCGAAGUUCUUCAACUGAAACGUUACUUCCUAUCGCGGAAUGUACUUCAACUUCUCAUGCAUCUAUUAGUGAUAUCGUUAAGGACGAUGAUCAAAUGCAACGACGCUUAUUGUGUGACAAGGGACACUUGCUUGAAAUUGAAGCUACGUUUGUCACCAGAGCAUUGCGAGAAUUCAUAGAAAGAUAUCAUUUUGUUAAAUGGAAAGAGAUGCCAGAAACAUUUCAAGAAAAAUUAAUGGAGAAAAAGACAGUUGUAUCCCGAAAUAUGACAAUUCAGGAUGUGACCGAUUUUUGGAAGCGAUACAGUGAAAUUUUCCCAGCACAGAAGGAACGACUUUGGGAUGGUUUAUUGAUCGGACUUAAAAAGUAUCACGAAAUAUUAAAAGAACGACAUCGUUUGAAUAUUGAAGUGGAAUCUUUACGAACACAGAACGCAGAAUUACGGCGUUUAUUGAAAACAUACAUAAUUCAAGUAAUGCCAGAAAAUAAUAUAUAUCAGAUAUACUAAAUAUCGCGUUAUAUUGAAAAAUGAACUUGAAAUAUUAACACCUUGCAUUCUUUUCUAGUCUGAACCUGAACGUGAUGGAUUCUCGCAAGAUGAUGUACAAUCUAUUCACGAAGUGACUUAGAAUGGAACUUGUGAAUACAUCAACUUAAAUUUUACAGUUCAUUAAGUUCAAUAUAUAAUUUUUGACAGCCAGAGUAAAAUGUAAAUAUACAUAAAUAAUAUCAUUAUAUCGCUAUAUAUAAUUUUGUAACUCUUAUUAUCUCAUCUGAUGAUUUAAACAAUGAUGGAUUCUACAACUCUUUACACAAAAACUUUUUAUUCAAUUUUAAUAUUAAGAUGAUUAAUCAACUCGGUUGACUGCUUUCAUAUAUUGCUAUUUGAAAAAAAAAAUUCCUGUUUCUUUCCUUCUGAAUAAAAAUGUUGCAAUCCUUUAAAAAGAAAAAAAUUACG